CGCUCAGUUCCGGGUGCGCGCGGCUGCGGAGCGGCGGGAAGCGGCGGUGGGCCGGGCCGGGCCGGGCCGGGUCGGGCGGGCCCCGCCAUGUGAGACGCCCCGACACCGGAUUACUCUUUACAUCAGUAGAAAUGGACAGCAGCAGUUUCAUUCAGUUUGAUGUGCCAGAGUACAGCAACACUGUUCUGAGCCAGUUAAACGAACUCCGCUUGCAAGGAAAGCUAUGUGACAUAAUUGUGCACAUUCAGGGUCAACCAUUUCGAGCCCAUAAAGCCGUCUUAGCUGCCAGUUCUCCUUAUUUCCGUGACCAUUCAGCAUUAAGCACCAUGAGUGGCUUAUCGAUAUCAGUUAUUAAAAACCCCAAUGUUUUUGAACAGUUGCUUUCUUUUUGUUACACUGGAAGGAUGUCCUUACAGCUGAAGGAUGUUGUUAGCUUUCUGACUGCAGCCAGCUUUCUACAGAUGCAAUGCGUCAUUGAUAAAUGCACACAGAUACUGGAGAGUAUUCAUUCGAAGAUCAGUGUUGGAGAUGUUGACUCUGUUACUGUUGGCGCUGAAGAAAAUUCAGAAAAUCGCAAUGGCGUUAAAGACAGCAGUUACUUUGCCAAUCCCAUUGAGAUAUCCCCCCCCUAUUGCUCUCAGGUGCGACAGUCAACAGCAGGCAGCGAUCUUAGGAUGGAAACUACGCCAGGCAAAUCUCUGCGUAGCCGUUUGCAAGAAGAAGGGCACUCAGAUCGAGGAAGCAGUGGGAGCAUCUCUGAAUAUGAGAUUCAAAUUGAAGGCGAUCAUGAGCCAGGAGACCUGAUAGUAAGGGAAAAUCAGGUUGCAGAGGUGAAAGUUAAAAUGGAAAAGUCUGACAGGCCAAGCUGCUCUGAUAGCUCUUCCCUUGGAGAUGAUGGAUAUCACACUGAAAUGGUGGAUGGAGAGCAAGUGGUGGCUGUAAAUGUUGGUUCCUAUGGGUCUGUCUUACAGCAUGUUUAUUCAUUUACCCAUGCCUCGUCACAGGCUACAGGCGUGUCCGAAACCUUUGGAAGCCUGAGCAAUACGAGUCCUUCAAGAUCAAUGCUGAGCUGUUUCAGAGGGGGCCGUGCACGCCAGAAGCGGGUAUCCACAGGUCACUUGCAUAGCGAUGUUCAGGGCUUGGUGCAGGGGACUGACAAUGACUCCAUGGUGAGUAACCCAGGAUAUGAAAAUAGUCCACGGGAAAGGAAUGCGAGAGGUCAUUGGUAUCCAUACAACGAGAGGCUGAUUUGUAUUUACUGUGGGAAAUCUUUCAACCAGAAAGGGAGCCUUGACCGGCACAUGCGAUUGCACAUGGGAAUAACUCCUUUUGUGUGCAAGUUUUGUGGGAAGAAAUACACCCGCAAGGACCAACUUGAGUAUCACAUUCGUGGUCACACAGAUGACAAGCCCUUUCGCUGUGAGAUCUGUGGAAAAUGUUUUCCUUUCCAGGGUACGCUAAACCAGCAUUUGCGGAAGAACCACCCUGGGGUAACAGAAGUAAGAAACAGGGUAGAGUCUCCAGACAGAACAGAGGCAUUUGUGGAACAGAAAGGAGAUCACGAUGCUUCAGCUUCUGAAGCUAUGGAUUCUGGUAUGGAAAUUCAUGCAAUGUCUAACACAUCUGAUUAAAAUACUACAUUCUAAGUGCAACGCAAACAAGCACAUUACUAAUGUAUUUUUAAAAUAUUUUAUUAUUUUAGUAAUCUUCAGUGCAAGUAUAACAGCCUUUUCCUGACCUUCUGAAAAUCAGUUAGGAUUCUGGAGAAGACUACAUGAGUAUUCUUUGCUUUUGAAGGAGGUUGGGUUGUUUUUUUUUUUAAUUUGGAAGAUGCUCAAAAUAUAAAGGAUGGUGUGUGGGGGAAGGGAUAGGAAGAGUCUGCUGAGAUGUCCGUACUGGUUGAUAUGGCAAGACACAAAUUCCGGUGGAGAAAGGUAUGAGAACAAGAGGGGCAGCUCUGCUGGGUACACUGAGAGCUGUAAUCUCCCUUAUUUUGUUUCUUAAAUCCUAUUGGUGGUAAUGACUUACACAGCAGUGGGGAGAGAGAAUAUUAGAGCUUUGAUUCCUUCCGUGUGUCACGAUUAAAUCUGGUUGCUUUUACUAACUGGUUUUGGUAGUUAGUCUGUUUAUAUAUAUAAGUUUGCUUUAUAUAUAUAAAACAAUUACACUUUUCCUGUUCUGAUUGAGGUGAAUGUAAAAGUAUGUCAAGAUUUAUACCAUGUACCACUUUCUCAACUGCUAGGUCUCCGCUUAGGAUUUAGGACUUCAGACUCUGGGAAGAUGGUUUUGGUUUUAAAAGAAUGUUGUUUGAUUUUCAUUUUAUUAAGCUAUUACUUUGUGUGCAAAAGUGAGCAAAGUAAAUUACCUUGUUUUAAUAGCUUUGCUUUAUAACAUGUAAACCAAAUGCCAUAAAUCUAUUAAAUUAUGGUUAAAUUGUUGAGAGGUUUUGUUAGUUGUCUAGAACGCAAGCUGGGCAACCUGUGGUGCUGACCUUUUUAUAUAUAUAGAGAUAGAUAUAUCUAUAUAUAUACACAUAUAUAUAAAAAAUAGCAAACCUAAAAGUAGCAUUGUGGUUUUAAAUGUGUUUUUACUGGCCUCAGAAUCUACCUUCAUUUCGUACUGUAGAACCACACCAGGUAAUUAAAUUUAACUUCAUCGCUCUCCGUGGUUGGUUAAGGCCUGAGAGAGGUGAUGUCGUUUAACCUACAGUGUUUCCAAGCAGUGUUUUAACAGAUCUCUUCACAGGGAGCUGUUUUCAGGUGCACGUUGACUUCCUACUUAAAGCUCCAAGUGAUGUGUCAGCACUUGGAAUUUGUACUUUUUUUAUAUAACAAAAACAAAUACUCUAUGGGAAUUUCAAGCAAUAUGUCUGUUAUUUCAUGUGUGAGUGUUACAGAGUUGCUCUGACUUCCCUACUAUUUUCAGUGGUUGUUUUCUGCAUAAAGGAACUUUACCAACAACUUAAAAAAUAUUCUAAAUCUUUUUAUUUCACCAAAUGUUUUUUUAAUAUGGUGCUAACUCAUCACUUAGGUCAGUAUAAUAUAUAAAAUGUGAAACAUAAUAGUAACAGUUACGCAAAAGCAAAAAAAAAAAAAAAAAAGCAAAAAAAAAAGAAAAAGGAAAAAAACGAAACCAAAACCCAACAAACAAGCAAACCAACCCCAAACAAACCAACUGCAACAAAAAAAAAUCAGUAGCUUAAGAGACCUCAAAAGCACUAACUGGCAAACACUACUGUGUAAAAUUCUAUGUGAUGAACAGAAUUAAAUUAAUCACAUGCUGCUUUAAAUACAGGUUUUAUAGAUUUGGGCCUUAUGUUUGUUUAGUAAAUAUUGAAAAUACAGCUGUGAACGUGCUGUUUAACUCCUGAAAUUUAGAAAAUGAAAGCUCCUUACUAAAUUACAGGAAAGCAAAGUCAGAGGUUUGCUGUCUCUUACAGCUUUUCUGGCUCCUGUGAAGUUUGGGCACCCUUGUGCAUUAGCUGUGUUAAAUGCACUUGUUUGUAAUCUUGUGACAGUCUGCAAUAAGAAUUAGUUUCUCUAAAUGCAGAUUCGCAGUGUGAGCCCCUCCUGCUCUGCUGGAGUGAGUGGCUGCAGUUAAACUGACUACACAAAGCUGACAAACUGCCGUACCCGUGCAGGGUGGGGAGCAGUUCCUCUCCAUGAAGCCACAGCAGCACUGUUGUUCCAGUGUGGGACGGCGAAUGUCUGUGUCUAGGGAAGGAGGUCUGUAUGUUUACCCACUUUAAAACAGGUUGGUGUUUCUCAUACCGUUUUUUUCCUAAGUGUCUGUUUUAAGUAAUUAAAUGAAUAAAAAUAAGUGUUUUGAUAAAUUAAGUUUGAGACAUGCAAAAUCCAAGAAAUAUACCAUUAUUCUUAACCCCUUGUCCUGGCCCUGUGCUGUGGUGCCUUUGGCGUGGCUUUUUACAUGGAAGUAUGAGUUGAGGACUGCAGGAUAUGGGUACUGAUUUUAUAUUUCUUGAAUUUCUGUGUCACAAUCUUAACAUUUAUUUAAAUCUAGUUCUUUGUAUUUGUAAAUGUAUUACAAUGGUUUGAGUUUACCAAAGAGUGACUUAUCCAAAAUUGUCUCUGACAAAAGCAAACAAAACCAACAUGGCGUUGAUUGUACAGGUUCAGGUUCAAAACAUGGUAACGGGACUGCUAAGGGGCAGGAAGUGACCGCUUUUCCUACAGAACCAUGGUUGAGCAGUUUGCAAGUUCCGCUGGCUCUGCGUCACAGCAAUUCGCUAUUCCCCCUGUCCGCUGCCAGCAGUGUAAUAAUUCCCAAGCCAUAGUGCAGUACUGUAGAGUUCAGCCGUGCUUCGGAGGACACAGCCACCGGCGAGCCGCGGGCAUCGUCGAGAGUCACAUUCACACAUGUAUGCGACUCUGGUAGAAAUCGAACUGCAAAGCUGGCAGCAGCAAUUACAUUGUGCCUUGCCACAUAACAGUCUGCCAGGACUAACAUUGCCAUGAAACACGGAGCAUCACCUGAUGGGAGUUCAUUUCACAAGCCCACCAGAGCAGAGUUCACGGGGCUGUUCUACGCCGAUGGUGGAAGUGCUGUACAGUGUUUGCUGUCUGUACAGGUCUCGUUAGCACAGAGCUGUUACACAUUUCAUUUACAAUAAAUGCAGAAAUCAAUAAAAUAUGUGAAGGAAUAUUUAACAGCAAAAUAAAUCAUAAAAUUUAUACAGGCUGGUUCAUAGUUGAGUCUCUUCUUAAUCUACCUUUUUAAUUCUAGACAAAUGUGAAAACAGUGACAGUGUCCUUCCCUCUAGAUGUUUAACCUGUUAUGACAAACUGUGAAAAGAAAGGGUUUUAUACCUUUGCUGAUGUUUGUGGUUUUUUGUUUAGUUUUCUUAAUCGGUUAUCUUCCACAUAAUUUCUUUUAAACUUGUAAAUACAUUUAGACAAUAGCUUUGUAAAUACUUAAAGUGUAUCAGAAGUUCCAUUUGGUCAGUAAGGCCUCCAGAUGGGCUCUGCUCUUUAGUGUGAAGGCUUUCAAUAGCAUAAGGACGCUGUCAGUUCACUGCCCAGCAGAACACACUGGAGGCCUGGUUUGAGGGUUCUUCAUGCAGUCUUCCCAAGCAUAAAUUCAUGUUCCAUGCUCAAGCCUUUGGUUUACUUUUAGACAACACAGUGAGGCCUCUUAAUACUCGUAAUAUGUUCAGGCUGAAUUAUGGAAAGAACAGCAGGAAGAAAAUCAAGGGCUGGGAAAAGAUUGAAUGAGCUUUACCUUUAAAAAUAUAAAUAUAUAUAUAUCUUAUUUGAAGUUUUGUAUUAGUUUACUGUGAUUCUUUUAUUGUCAUUUUUCUAAACAGGUUUCACGGGAAACCAUUGAAAGGGACUCAAAUAUGCAACACCUAAUCUAUUUUCCAAGGGAAUUUUACCCUUGAAUGGUGCUUUUUGACUGGUCAGGGUUAUUUAUUAAAUUUUAUAUUUGAAAGUAUUUGGGGAAUUAUGUAAAUCCUUUAUAUGAAUCUGUUUAUUUCAUUAUUUGUAAAUUUCAUAAUAGUGAUUAAAUUGGAAGUUCAGUAAAGUCAUUCAAAAUGUUCAAAGUUUAUAAUCUGUGUGCAUUUUACAUAUAUUUUAACAAGUGCCAGAAUGGUCGUAUUUAAUAUUGUAGAUUUAAUACUACUUGCACAUCCCUGUGACAGCAUUAACUUAAGUUUCGCAAGUUUACAUUUAAAAAACGCUAAUCAAACAAGUGAGGCUGGGCCGCUGUUCCUGUGUUUCUUCAGGGGGUGUGAAGCCAAGUGUCAGGAACUGAGCGGGUUUGCAUCUCCAGCUGUGGCAGAUGCCGCCGGCUGCGGGCUCCCGUUGGCAGUGCCACCAACACAGCCUUUGGACUCGUUCUACAAGCCGUUGGCUGUCCCAGUAGAUGAAGAGCUCUUGCACGAUUUUGACAGUAUUGCUGACUGAAAAAUUGUAUUUUUAAAUAACUUUUAUUAUUUGUAUGGUUGUUUUUCAUGAUAAAUAAUUGAACGGUUUGAAUGACUUGACUUGGUGUCAUUAUCUUGCAAUAUAAACCGGUAACCUCACAACUCCACACUUCA